AUGGCCCCGAAGAAGCUCACCCUCUCUUGUUCACGAUGUCGCGCUUCAAAAUUGAAGUGUGAUCGCAAGGAGCCCUGUCUGGAAUGCGUGAAGCGCGACUGCGUCCACCUAUGCACCAAAGAUGAACGUCAGCCGAGAGCCAAGCGGACAAAAAGCCAGCAUAUAGAGCAGAGUCGCAGCCAAGUUUCACCGGAAGAAGAAGCACCGGAAGUUGAGGAAACAGCGCAGAUCUUGGAGCAAUUCGUGGAUGUGAUUCCGCUCCCCACAUCGGGUGUGGCCCCCGACAUUUCCAAUCGAUACUGGGAGAGCCAAGACCCGCAGCGGCGAAGUCAAAAGCUUGGCUUGAUUCGAGAUGUGGUUCAAGCGCUCCCAGAAUGGGAUCUUGUUGAAGUUCUUUACGAGGUCUUCGUUACACGUUGUCAGGGACCCCUGGGCAGUGUGGUACACACCCCGAGCUUCAUGAAGCAGGCCGACAAAUUGCGCCACUGUUUGAGUAUGGCUUCUCCCGAUACAGCCAUCGCCAGUAUGCUGUCUAUGGACGUCCUUGCGAGUUUGGUUCUUGCGCUUGUGCUUGGGCUCGCGUUCUACCCAACUCCUUCCCUUCUUGGAGUCCAGCUUACUCCGUUAACAUUCCGCGUGGAGCAAUUGCGCGCCUCAGAUGAGCCAGCAGCAACAUGGCGAUCUCUCGGCGUGCGCUGUCUUCAGGGCAAUAUUUCCCUCUUUUGUGGCUCAAUUUCCAGCUUACAGGCAGCCAUCAUGCUCCUUUUGGAUACAAAAGAGACAUCUUUGGAGCUUGAUGCCGUACUAGUCACUGCUAUUUCGGGCGCGCGCAAACUUGGCUUGCAUCGCUUGGGCAAGGCAGAUUUAAAUGUCUCGCCCUCGUUGAACUAUGGUUCUGAGGCAGCAGAUCCACCUGAAAUUCGCACCGAGGUUGCAAUUCGCAUUUGGUGGACUCUUGUCAUGCGAGAUUGGUCACGCGGUCAAGCUCUGGGCUACUAUACCAUUCGCCCCUCACAAUUCAACACCAGAAUGCCGUUGCACAUCAAUGAUGAUGACCUUCUCGGGGUCCAUGGGAAAAUUGCCGACCGCCCUCGGUCUGAGUUCACCAUGCUGUCUUAUACGAUACACGCCUUGGAAUUGUCUGUUAUUGUACGGGAAUCAAUUGAUCUCGGCGAUAUCGCAAAUGAAGCUUCCCAGCGACGUCAACAUCUAAAUCAAAAGUAUGAAAAAUACGUGGCAAAUCUACCUUCUUACUUUAGGCUAGGAAGUACAGUCGGGCUGACAGCGAUGGGACCCAUGGCCGCCAUUCCAGUCCAGCGAUUCAUGCUACAUCAGCAACUAUGGAGUCUACUCCUUCGACUUCAUCGAGCUACUCUUUCCACACCCAUGGGCCGAGCAUCAUGCCAACAGCUUGCCCAUAAUAUCAUCAAUACACAAGCCCAGAUCCAAGCUCGCUGCACAAUUUGCGGCUCAUUAUCCUCCAACGAAACGCAACUCUUCAACGCGACUGUUGUGCUUGUCUUGGGACUACUUUUCGAUUCCCCGUCGACUGAAGCCGAGCGCACUAGUGCCCAGCUUAGUCGGCUCAUGACGCGGGAUCACAUCCGGGAAGCCAUUGAAUUAUUGCGAACUAAAGCUUCACCUGACACAUCCUCCGGGGACUCUGCACCCCGAGAUCUGCUUGAAAGCUUGGUGUCGCGCAGUGUUGCGGUCCUCGAAGCACUGAUGAAGCUGGAAGAUAAUUCCGGUGACGAUAUCACCCACUUGACGGGGCCCGACAAAAAGCAUUCCCUUUAUCCUCAAGUCGUGGGGAUUCUAAAAUCCUUGAAUGUUCCAACAGCUCCAAUAGAGUCGCCCGCUUCUGGACUAUCAACAUCGACUCCUGAUGACACUUCUUUGACUCUAUCAAUGCCCGUUGCGGACGGCUUCCCCGAUCUAGACGUGAUGCCCAUUCUCUCCAAUGGCCUAAGUCCUGACAUGUGGGAUUUCUUUGACUUCAAAUUACUGGAAGAUGUGGGAAAAGAAAAUUCACCCACUGCUGGAGAUAUUUACGGGGCUUCAAGUUAUGAAAACAUAUUAUACCCAACCCAAAGCAGUAGUCUCUCGGGAGGCCGCUUCGCUGGUGAAUCUCCUUACUCGUUAGAGAGUCGGAGUGAACCUGCGUCUAACUCUGCGAUGACUCCUUCGAGCGCUGAUGCUUUUGAGGCUGCGAACUUUUUCGAUGCCAUGGGGACUGAGGGCCUUCCUCCUUGGUGA